UGUCGGCAUCGAAAAGUUGCGUUCUACGUUCUGCGACUGACUGGAAAGUACAUAGCAAAGUUAACCAAUCGUAUUUCCUAAAAAAUAGAAACAAACAAGUGAAAAUUCUUAUCAAGCUCCGAUCAGCAAACAGAAUUAAGAGCCGCUCCCUAAUUUGUGCUGCUAUGAUUACAUUUCUGUGAGCUAAAAAUGCCAUUUAGGAUGCAUAAUUUAGCAAUUGGUUCUGAGAGGAAAAUUUGCUUGGCUUGGUUUCUGAUCUCCGACAUUUUUAUGUUUCUUGCGCUGUCUGUGUCGGUGCCAGUUAUUGCCAGAGGUUCAGCCUGUAAAGCUAUUACUAGCUGCGAUCCAUUCCUGCCAGUCUGCGCGGCCUCGACAAAUGAGCACCAAUUUUUCUACAGCCACUGUGAAAUGUUGCGUGACGCCUGCCUUACGGGAAAGGAUUGGAAAACCGAUUACUUCAGCCAUUGCAAUGUCAGUAAGCUUUAGUCCUUAUGGAUAAGUUCGAAGGUUGACUUUAGAACGAACAAGUUCAAACAACUGGAUUUAUGUAUAUACAAACAUUUAUAAUAAAACGGC